AUGAUCGAUAACGCGCUAUAUGGAUUCGCCCGGAUCCCGAAGUCGGAAGAUCCCGGAAGCACUACGGAUGUAUUUGAGGACGGGGGACCGGUGGAUCCAGGCAGGCCCUCGGUGCUUGGUCGCAGAUCAUAUAUCGAUGACAUCUUGAUCCCCGCUAUUAGUUUACUCGAGGCGUGUGAUGAGUGGAAUUUGUCGAUCAGUGUCGUUAAGAGUUUCUGGGGAAUGCCUAAUGUGGAAUAUCUCGGGCAUAGGGUCUCGCACAAUGGACUGGAGGCAAAUCCGAAAGAUCUGUCUGCAUUGACGGAUCUGGCAUUUCCAGGAUCACGCAGAGCUAUGCAGUCAUUAUUGGGAAGUCUGAACUACUAUAGCCGAUUUAUUGAAGGCUACGCGAUCUACGCGUCGGUUCUGUACGAAUUGCGAGAAAUCGACUUUGCUGCGAUGACGAAGGAGGCUACCCAAACGCGGAUCCAACAAGUACUGGAAGUGGAGAACGCAGAUCAAGGAUCGCAGGAAAAUCGGGGUGUCGACCACCGAAGGACCUUGGAUCUGGAGGCGCCCGACCCUAUUGAGGUGGAUCCGCAUCGGAAGGCCACAGUGGUGGUGUACGCUAGCGAUUGGGCCAUCUCAGGAUCAUUGAUGCAAGAAUACGACCAGAUCUACUACCCCUUGACGUUUGCAAGCCGUACUCUGAAGUCGAAUGAGCUAAACUACGGCAUCGCGGAGAAGGAGGUACUAGCCUUUCUGAGGAUCCUCGAUCUUAAUUACAAUGCGUUGGUGGGGCGUCCGAUCCAUGUGUUAACCUGA